CUUAAAAUUAACUUAUUAAACCUACAGGGACUUGUCUGGUAAAUAUUCAAUGGACAUUGGAAUACAUUCGAUUGAUUUGAUAGAAAAAUAUUACUCCGGAAAAUAUAUAUAUUUAAAACGGUAGGAAGGCAACAAGCUUAAUUUUAAUUCACCAUAAUGACCAGGCUGAAAUAGACGAUUAAUUAAUCAAAAGCUGAAUUUUUAUUGUCACAUUAAUGCAAAAACAGAAUUAAUGAUUCAGUAUGUCCUUAUAAUCGGGAGGAUCUGUAACCUACUGGAACUAUUCCGAACCUUUCCUUAUGAGAAGUUAAGACCAAAAGUACACUUCUACCAAGUUGUCGAUUAAUUGAUCCGCCAAUUAAAACGUCAUGGAGUAAUUACAGAACGACGUCUCCAGAUAACGCGGAGUUCAUAGUUCAGGAACGUCAGGAGAGCAGGCUGGGUCCUCCAGUCCCCCGUCCCGGGUUUUAAUCCCGGGUCCACACUGUAGAGGAUCAGUCCUAGGGGCUUCACCUUCCAUCGCUCCAUCCCUCUGGAUUUGGUGACAGACCUAAAAGCCUUUUGUUGCAAUCUUAGCCAAUGGAGACGGAUGACGACACCGGGCAGUGCAGAUAUAUAAAGCGCCCUUAUUGACCGCACUUGCACAUUUCUCACUUCUGAACACUCACACCUCCGUGGACUCACUGGUGUUGAACCGGGAACCACAACAACCAAUACAUGUGCGCGGGGUACACGUCCACGAGGAACACUUAUCUCCCACUUUCCCUCUGAACUGCCUUGACGCGCUGAAGGCUGAAACGCACUUUUCUUUUCGUGUUCAUUUGUCGCCGAAAGCGCCGCGCAGUCCGGGCAGGGCGACCGGCUGGGACCAGCUCCUCAUCCUCCUCCUCCUCCUCCACCACCUCCUCCUCCCCGAAUGCUCGUCUUGACGCCGGUCUAGCGGAGACCCAGAAGGCUCGCGAGGACAGCACGACACCCCCGCCGCGUAAAGUUGCAUCGCGGGCACCGAGCGGUUCGUCAUGCCGAGCUCCUCCACCCUCCUCCUGUGCCUGACGGUGCUGCUCUCCCCGGGACUGUCCGGCAGCGACCCGCCCCACCUUCCGUUGUUGCCGGCCGGCGAGGCACCCACGGAUCCCGGGCUGUCACUGCUGGACGAGGACGCGGGCUCCCACGAGUGUUCCGCGUGCGUGUGGCGGGAACAAAGCAAAGUGUUGCGGCUGGAGACCAUCAAGUCGCAGAUCCUUAGCAAGCUGCGGCUGAAGCACGCGCCCAACAUCAGCCGCGAGGUGGUGAACCAGCUGCUGCCCAAGGCGCCGCCGCUUCAGCAGCUGCUGGACCACCACGACUUCCAGGGCGACGCGUCGUCCCAGGACGAGUUCAUGGAGGAGGACGAGUACCACGCCACCACGGAGUCCGUCAUCACCAUGGCCUCGGAGCCUGAGCCGCUGGUCCAGAUCGACGGGAAGCCCAGCUGCUGCUUCUUCAAGUUCAGCCCCAAGCUGAUGUUCACCAAGGUGCUGAAGGCCCAGCUGUGGGUGUACCUGCGGCCACUGCAGCAGACCUCCACCGUGUACCUGCAGAUCCUGCGGCUCAAGCCCGUCACAGAGCAGGGGAGCCGGCACAUCCGUAUCCGCUCGCAGAAGAUCGAGCUCAACUCCCGCGUGGGCCACUGGAAGAGCAUCGACUUCAAGCACGUCCUGCAGAACUGGUUCAAGCAGCCGCACACCAACUGGGGGAUCGACAUCAACGCCUUCGACGAGAGCGGACACGACCUGGCCGUCACCUCGCUGAGGCCCGGGGAGGAGGGACUGCAGCCGUUCCUGGAGGUGAAGGUUCUGGAGACGAACAAGCGCUCCCGGAGGAACCUGGGUCUGGAUUGCGACGAGCACUCCACCGAGUCCAGGUGCUGCCGCUACCCGCUGACGGUGGACUUCGAGGCCUUCGGCUGGGACUGGAUCAUCGCCCCCAAGCGCUACAAGGCCAACUACUGCUCGGGCCAGUGCGAGUACAUGUUCAUGCAGAAGUACCCGCACACCCACCUGGUGCAGCACGCCAACCCGCGGGGCUCGGCCGGGCCCUGCUGCACCCCCACCAAGAUGUCCCCCAUCAACAUGCUGUACUUCAACGACAAGCAGCAGAUCAUCCACGGCAAGAUCCCCGGCAUGGUGGUGGACCGCUGCGGCUGCUCCUAGGCUCUCCACGGGGGGCCAUCAGGAGGGAGACACACACAUGUACCGCCACCAUCGCAUCAUACCACGCAGAAACACCCUUUGGAAGCUCUCCCCAGCCCCCACCCUCUCCCCGCCACACGUCUCCGCUCUUUGAUUCUGACGCAGAGAGAGAAACAUCCUGCUGGACUUUUCCAUGUUUUUUUUUUCUUGCCAGUCGAUGAGUUUAUUUUUACGUGAAAAGUAUUUAAAAAAGUUUAAGAUGAGAUGUAAAGCAUCAAGAGACUGAAAUAGGAGUGCAUAAUGAAUUACAACGGGAGUGGGAUUGUGAAGCCGCUUCAGAAAAUGGUAAACAAGACGAAACUAUGUUAUAUAUGUCAGCUUUGGUGUUGUAUUCAUCAAGAUAUU